UUGGCUGCGCGCUGGGCGGGCCUCUCCGGGUCCCCUGCAGUCAUUGGCUCGGUGCGGUUUCCUUGGGGACGUGGCGCCGCUGGCGGCCGGGCCUCCUUCCGGCUGUGCUGGGAGCCACGGGGACCGGCUGAGCACCAGGCUGGGCUGUGCAAAGGGACGAGCGGGCCUCGGGAUCCCGCUUCAGGCUUAGGAGAUGCCUGGGACUAGGAGGCCACCCUCUCAGAGCAAAAGGAAACGGAGGUGACAGACAUCGAGACCACUGAAGGGAAUCCAUGGCUAGGAUCAGUUUUUCCUACCUCUGCCCAGCCUCCUGGUACUUCACUGUGCCCACCGUGAGCCCAUUUCUCCGUCAGCGGGUGGCGUUCCUGGGACUCUUCUUUAUACCUUGUCUCCUUUUACUUCUGUUAAUCAUGGAUUUACGACAUUGGGCCACCUCGCUACCACGAGAUAGGCAGUAUGAGAGGUAUUUGGCUCGGGUAGGAGACCUCGAAGCCACCAACACAGAAGACCCAAAUCUGAAUUAUGGGCUCGUGGUAGACUGUGGAAGCAGCGGUUCCCGGAUUUUUGUUUACUUCUGGCCAAGGCAUAAUGGGAACCCCCACGACUUGCUGGACAUCAAACAGAUGAGAGACCGGAACAGCCAGCCUGUGGUUAAGAAGAUAAAGCCAGGGAUCUCCGCAAUGGCAGACACUCCAGAACACGCUAGCGAUUACCUUCGACCUCUGCUGAGUUUCGCCGCUGCUCAUGUGCCUGUGAAGAAGCACAGGGAAACGCCCCUUUACAUCCUCUGCACAGCGGGCAUGAGGCUGCUUCCCGAGAGGCAGCAGUUGGCUAUCUUGGCAGAUUUAGUGAAAGAUUUGCCGUUGGAGUUUGACUUCCUCUUUUCACAGUCUCAGGCCGAAGUGAUCUCUGGGAAGCAGGAAGGAGUUUAUGCGUGGAUUGGAAUCAACUUUGUUCUGGGAAGAUUUGACCAUGAAGAUGAGUCAGAGGUGGACACCUCCGUGGACUCUACCGCAGGCCGCAGGAGGACAGUGGGAAUCCUGGACAUGGGAGGAGCCUCUCUCCAAAUCGCCUACGAAGUUCCUACCUCAGCCUCUGUCCUUCCUCCCAAACAGGAAGAGGCUGCCAAGAUCCUGCUGGCCGAGUUCAACCUGGGCUGUGACGCGCAGCACACGGAGCACGUGUACAGGGUUUACGUCACCACCUUUCUGGGCUUUGGGGGCAACUUUGCCCGGCAGCGCUAUGAAGACCUUGUGCUGAAUGAAACGCUUAACAAAAACAGACUGCUGGGCCAGAAGACAGGCCUGAGUCCCGACAAUCCCUUCCUGGACCCCUGUCUGCCUGUGGGACUCACAGAUGUGGUGGAGAGGAACAGCCAGGUCCUUCACUACCGAGGAAGGGGAGACUGGGCGGCCUGUCGGGCGAUGCUGAGCCCCCUGCUGGCGCGCUCCAACACCAGCCAGGCCUCGCUGAACGGUAUUUACCAGUCCCCGAUCGACUUCAACAACAGCGAGUUCUACGGCUUCUCGGAGUUCUUCUACUGUACCGAGGAUGUGCUGCGCAUCGGCGGCCGUUACCACGGGCCAACAUUUGCCAAGGCUGCUCAGGAUUACUGCGGCAUGACUUGGUCGGUGCUAGCCCAGAGAUUCAAGAACGGCCUCUUUUCUUCACACGCAGAUGAACAUCGACUCAAAUACCAGUGUUUUAAGUCAGCUUGGAUGUAUGAAGUCCUGCAUGAGGGGUUCCACUUCCCCUACGACUACCCGAACCUGCAGACGGCACAGCUGGUGUACGACCGAGAGGUGCAGUGGACGCUGGGAGCAAUUCUGUAUAAAACCCGAUUCCUGCCACUCAGGGACCUUCGGCAGGGAGGCGUCCGGCCAGCCCACGGCAGCUGGUUCCGCCUUUCCUUCGUCUACAACCACUAUCUCUUCUUUGCUUGCACCCUGGUGGUGCUUCUCGCCAUCGUCCUGUACCUUCUGCGCAUCCACAGAAUCCACCGCAGACAAACUCGAGCCUCUGCGCCACUGGACCUGCUGUGGAUCGAGCAAGUGGUGCCGAUGAUUGGGGUACAGGUGGGGCCGUGAGGCUGGAGCGGAAGUGGAGAAACCCCAGUUCCUUCAGAUUGCUGCUGCUGCUGCUGCUUACUGAAUUCCUCUACUUCCUCGAACUGGCCUCCGAUGCUGCUUCUUCGGCCUGCGAAUUUCUACUUUUUCACUUUGAUUUCUUUCUGGUGCCCAGGACGGGACCUCUUCUCAGAAGCUGCAAUUUAACUUUCGAGGAACUAAAUGUUGAGAGGCUGGUGCUAAACUUAGCCCAAAUGAAGCAUGCUUCUCCUUUAUCUCAGAAAUCUGAUCUGUUUCUGGGACGUAGCAUUUUUCCCCCCUUGCUGAAGCAAGAUUUUGAUUGGGCAACCGGAGGCGUGGUUGAAGCCAGCGUGGACUGACUGCUACAAAGCCAGAGAAAUUCUGCAAGUGCGGUUGCCCCUGUUUUCUCUGUAACAGAGAGAGAUCCUUAUGUGGAGAUCCACAGCCUUGAAUAGGGACCCAAGAUCUCUGAGGUUCAGUGGACCAGAUUUCAAGGCAACCAAAAUGAUACAACUUCCUUGCUUACUUGACAAGCCAUUGCGGGUGUGCUCUGAGAUCUCUGGCAGUGUUUCUGAUUUGUUAUAUAGAUCUGAGAGGUUCUAGCGCCUUUGAAAUGAAUGACCUAUUGAAGGUCUGACAGUAUUUUAUAUGAUACUUGGUCUGACCAGUAUAGAAAACAUUUCCAUGUCGAUGUGCCUCACAGGCUGCUUGGGCAUUAAUGUUGCCUUUAGAGCCUUAAGUGUGCUUGUAGAACAGAGAGACCACGAUGGGGACCAGGGACCUAGGUUUGCCUGUUUCGGGUUACUGUCUCACAGGCAUAAAGCAUGCAGAACAUUCAAAGUGACUUCCCUCAUUUCACUGCUAAGAUUUUAUGUAUAUUUUGGGAAGGGAUGUAUUUUGUUUUGUUUUGUUUUAAGAAAGAAUAGCAUCAGGAGAGUGGGCAAAGGCAAUAAAUCCAACGGUUUUUGUUUUUGUUUUCCUGUUUUGUUUUGUUUUGAGACAGGGUCUCUGUAGCUCUGGCUGUCCUUGUGGAAUCUGCUCUAUAGACCAAGCUGGCCUCAAACUCAGACUCACAGAGACCUGCAUCUCCUUCCCAAGUACUGAGAUUACAGGCAUGAGUCAUCGUGCCUGGCUUAAAGUCAAAGUUCUUACUUUUUUUUUUUUUUGAGAUGCUCGAAAGACAGCAAAUUCUAAACUUUGGAAUGACUAGAUAAAUCUGCCAUGGAGCAGCCUGGCCACUUUCUGGAUGUCUGUCACAGAUAGCUCUCCCAUUAAUGGGAAGAGGAAAGCCACAUUCCUGAUGUUCUCACCUCCUGCCUCUCAGACACGGGCUUCUCUGCCGUUCCUGCUGUAGUCCACGCUCACGAGCUCCUCCUGCCCUACGGACCUCUCUUUAUUUUCUGGACAGAACCAUGAGGGCCGGCCUGGGAUUGUUCCCGGGGCUGAAGCAGUAGUUUGAUUUCCUCUUUUGGGGGGAGUAAGGCAGGUCUCAUGAGCCCAAUUUUCUCAGUAGCCAAGGCCAGCCUCGAACCCCUGAUCCUCCUGCCUCUGUCUCUUUGAAGUGCUGGCUUUCAGGGUGUACAUUACCAGGCCUGGCUCAUUUUUUUUUUGUUUUUGUUUUGCCAAAGCCUCUUAUUUCUAGGGUUAGAAUACAGAAGAAAAAAAAAUCAAGGAAUAACAAUGAAUUUCUUUAAAAAUAAAUUCCUACUGGGAAUAGAAGGAAAUUAAAUGAUUUAUGAAAUAGAGAAAAAAAAUGGUCAAGAUGGUCUUAGGGAUAAGCCAACGUGAGGGUGAGUGUAUUGGAUCAGCCUUUAGGCAAAUUAUAAUUAUCAUCAUCUCUUCUCCCUUCUCCUCCUCCUCUCCCUUCCUCCCUUUCUCCUCUCCCCCUCCCUCUUCUUCCUUCUCCUUUCCCCCAUCCUCCCCUUUCUUCCUCUUCUUCCUUCUUCCCCUCCUCCCCUUCCUCCUCCCCUCCCUCACCCCCCUUUUUUUUUGAGGCAGGGUGUCACUAAAGUAACCCGGGCUGGCCUGAUUCUCAACGGUCCCCCUGCCUCAGCCUCCUGAGUGAUCACAGGUGUGCGCCACCAUGUGAGCACACUAGCUGAGUGCACAUCUAGCAGAAAUUUUUUUUUUUUUAAUUUUGAGUCCUUUUCAUUAGGACUGUGCCGUUGACAUUUCUAAUAUUCAGCUGUCUCAGCUGUCUCGAUUCUCCAUCAUUCUAAUUUUUAAGUCCCAUGACUGAGCCUCUGCUUUUUUUUUUUUUUUUAAUGCUGCUUUAAACUGUUCUUCCUAGCCGUUCGCUUCCUCGGGGAACGUUCAGCUUCCUCUCCGUCUCUGUAUAGCUGUCUCGAGUUUCCAGGCAGGGUAACGGUGACCAUAUUCAUGUGCGCUAACUGAAGCGGGUGGGAGGUGGUAGCUAGUCCAGCUGUGACACUCUCUUUACUGAACUUCCUCUUCGUCAGCAUGGUACUAGAAGGUACCAUUUGUCAAGCACUUGUUUGUAUCACUCUUAAGAAUGUUGUGUUCUUUCUUAUAUAUUAUUUAAUCAUCGCGGCAGCCUUUCGGAUUGAUACCCCUACAUUCUUUUUAUAGUUGGAAAAAAAAUCUCAGGAUGCCUAUCUUUAUCAUUUCUCAAUAUAAAUAUAUUUCUUAAUUUAUUUUAAUUAGUCUUUGAGUUUCUGUUUGGUGCAUUAUAUCCUGUUUAUUGCUUUCAUAUCAUGGGAUCCAGACUUACCUUUAUGACCAUAAGACUUCCCAGAGUUCCAUAGGUUAGGAACAAGAAGGGACAGACACUGUUAUGUGGCCGAGAGGAACUAAGCAGAUUUCCCUCGACUUGUCCCUGUGGGUAGACUUCAAAUGGAAUCUCAUUAGCAAGUUUUCACUGCAUCUGUUUUAGUAUUUUUUUUUAAAUACUUUUGGUUUUAUGCUUAAGCAAUUAGCUUAACUUUGCACAACUUUUUCUUACCCUCAACAUUCCAAUAAUAUAAUUACAAUCUGAAUGAAGGUACAAAUGCCUAAUAGGGAUAUCUACCUCAUUAAGGAACAUAGUGGUGAUUCUUGGGGAGUUUCCAGGCUGGGAUUUGUAUGUGACUUCAUUUUAGCUGGACUAGGAAUUAAGUAGGAGUAACAUUGGCUGUUUCAGAGUCUCUUAAAUUGGUCUCUUAGUUUAUGUUUUAGCCUCAGUCUUUGCUGUGGGGAUGGUAGACUUCUGCCAAAUUCGUGAAGAUUUUGCUGGCAUUAUAAAAAUUUGUAUGUUCAAAAAUGUGGACUAAAAACCAAGUUUUGGCACCUUUGACUAACAAUACAGCAUAACAAAUAUUUUUGUAAAUCAUGAUUGCAAAACAAUGAUUGAAAACAAAUACUUUUAGGUAAUGGUUUGUUACCUAAUUGUGGGUGGCUCCUUGGCCACUACCACCUUCUAACUUGGAUGUGAUCUAACUAAAGAAACUGUUGUACCCUGCAUGUCCUAUUGAUGCCAGGCUUUCUGUUUUUGUGGGAGGCUUGUUAAGGUUCUAUUUUAAGUCAGCUUUGUCUUGUUUUAUAUCCCCAUCGGCUGUCAUUGAAGUGUUUCAUAUUUCCCCUUUGUCUAGUAUUUUAUUAUUUGUUUGUUAAUAACUAUCGUUAGAGGGACAGAGGAGAAUCACACACCAGCAGACCAUUUUCAUUUUUGGAAAUCUGAGCAAUAAAGAGACUCUUUUUUAUAUUUUAAAA